CACGGGUCACUGUGCCCUGGCUGCUUUUGGCCCAAGCCACACGGAGGGGCAGGUGGCUGGGGCAGUGUCCCGGCGAAGGCCCGGCUGCGGCCGUCGUGCCCGUGGCUGCAGCACCGAGGGCUCGGGGUGUGGAGAGCUCAUGGCUCUCAGCCUCCCUCCGUGGCUCCACCCCUCAUUCCCCUGCGACUUUCAUAACCCAGCGCGCUGCCACGUGUCCGGUGCAGACCCUGGCUGCCUUGGGGGGACACGGGGCUGUCCCGGCGGAGGCGUCGGAGCUGCUCUCCCUGUGCUCCAGCUGCUCGGCGAGGAAGAGCCUCUGUGGUCAGCCAAGGGGAGCCCAUCUCGGAGCAGCGGGACAGAGCGGUCGGCUCCCUCUGCAGUCAGCAGCUCUGGCAGGAUGACUUGCUGCCAGGUGGUUGCCGUUCUCCUGCUUUCCUUCCUUCCCAGCGCUGCAGCCGGCGGCCUGCUUCCUGCCCUCGUUCCCCGGUCCACCCUGCAGCUAGGCAGAGCCCGGUUCUCGGCACAGCCCGUCCUGGAGCUGACGACACGCUGUGACGACGCGUGCGCCCGGCGGGAGGCUGCCUUGGCCCCCCAGGAUUUCCAGGAGUACCUUUCUUACGAGACUGUGUACGCCAACGGCACCCGCACCCUCACCACAGUGGAGCUGAGCCCCCAGGGGGGUGGCACGGAGAAGAGGCGGCAGAGGCGGCGCAAGCGGCAGAUUUACGGCACGGACGGGCGGUUUUCCAUCAGUGGGAACCACUUCUUGCUGGACUACCCCUUCUCCGCCACCGUCAAGAUCUCCACGGGGUGCACGGGGGUGCUCGUGUCCGAGCGGCACGUCCUCACAGCUGCCCACUGCAUCCACAACGGCAAAGACUACGUGAAGGGGGCCAAGAAGAUCAAGGUGGGCUUCCUGACGCCGCUGCAGAGCGCUGGCAACGGGACGGGGCCGGGGGGGCUGGCGAUGCUCUGGGCUCGCGUGCGGCGCACGCAGGUGCCCAAGGGUUGGAUUCGGAGCCCCAACUCGGUCAGCAUGGACUACGACUAUGCCCUUUUGGAGCUGCGCAGGCCACACCAGCGCCCCUACAUGAAGCUGGCGGUGGCUCCAGCAGCGGAGGAGAUGGCUGGGAAGAGGAUUCAUUUUUCGGGGUUUGACAGUGACCGGCCAGGCGAGCUGGUCUACCGCUUCUGCGGGGUGGAGGACGAGACGGCCCACCUCAUCUACCAGCACUGCGAUGCCAGGCCCGGUGCGUCCGGCUCUGGGGUGUAUGGCAAGGUGUGGGACCCCGUACAGCACAAGUGGGAGAGGAAGGUGGUUGGGGUCUUCUCUGGGCACCAGUGGCUUGAAGUGGCCGGGGAGCAGCAUGACUAUAACGUUGCCGUUCGCCUGACUGCUCCAAAGUAUGCUCAGAUUUGUUACUGGAUCAAAGGGGACGAUAAAAGCUGCCGCAAUGAAUGAGAACGGGAGCCUUCCUUUUCCCCUCCCCACUGCAGAAGGCUUUGAGUGUGGUGUUGCAGAGUGAAUGCACAGCUGAGGAGCAUGAGGAGGAGCCGCACCUCCUGCCAAAACUGCUCCACCACUAAACUUCAUUCUGUUCUCUGUCCUGGAGGAACUAGGUCCCUGCAGAUCACACGGGAUCCAGCGGAGAAACUCACUAAGCCUGAGGGGUGCGUAAGCUCCUUUGGUUGGUGCUGGUGGGAACUCGGCAUCGGGUUCUUUGCACAAAGAGCUCGGCUGUCAGUCAGGAGCAGCGGCCUCUGCCUCGCGCUGUUAACUGUUAACCACUUGGAGAGGCAGCCACAGGCCUGCUGCUUGGCUGUACCGAGUUUCUCUUGGGUCUCAUCAGGUCUGUUUGUGGGCUGGCACUGCCCAGCUUGGCACUGCCCCAGCUCUGUGAGGACAAAGGAUUUUUUCUUCUAACAGCGUCUUUGUGUGCCGAUGAAAGGUGCCUGAAAGGGAACCCUGGAGCCUGAGGCGUCUGGGCAUGGUGUCAGCAAGGAGCCCGGCCAGUACAGGAGGGGCUGCUCCCACGUGCUGGUGGAAGCAGCACGUGACGGCACUCUUGGAAAGGACACCUCUUCCAACCCGCGCCGCGUGGUGCCACGUGGGUACCGCCGCACCACAGCACAGGCUAAGCUCUGGGAGCGCCUAUUUACUUGUAAACCUUCUCAUCUCUCUUUGGUUCUCUUUGGGAUGCCUUUAGGAGGAAGGGACCCUGGCAUUUACUGCAGCUGUAGUGUUUGAGAGGGAUUAUUUUAUGCAAAUACGUGUAUUUGAAUAAAAGUCAGCACAAA